AAAAGACAUUCACUCCCCAAAAUGGCAGCUGCCUUUCGUCUGCAGGAAAAUGCAGUUCCCUCGUCGAGCCCGGCCUUUGGAACGCCCGUCCAUCCCAUCAAGGCUCGAGAAAAGCGAAUCCCUCCGCCGGCCUUCAAAGCCUCAAUCCCCACCAUCCUGCCAAUUCUCCUCCCACCGCCCAGUCUGAGACCUCUGGCCUUCCGAACCUUUACCAAGAAACAUAACCUCACCCUCAGCUCGCCUGCUCUGCAAUCACUAGCCACGUUUGUUGGCAAACACUGCGGCUCAGGAUGGCGUGAAAGAGGCACAGCAGAGGGCGUUCUCGAAGAAGUCGCAAAAGCUUGGAAGAAGAGUGGUGGCAGCUUGAUUGUCAACGAUGGCUCGUUGCUCAAAAACAUUCUCAAGACUCUCGAGAGUCUGAUGAGUGGUGGCAAGGUCGCCCAAACAAAGUCUACCCUAAGCAGACAAGGUAGCUUCGCUUUUGCGGGAGAGAGUCAGGAAUUGGCACGACGACCCAGUCUUGCUGACACGUCGUUCCAAUCGCAAGACAUCGACGAAGAUGACGAUGCAGCCAUAAAUGACCCUCGAGCAUGGAUCAAGGUCGUCGGUGCCUUUGAGCAGCCUAGACUGAGCUACAAUGUCCACAAGAAGCACUUUGAGAAGAUUACCACAAAGUCCACUCUUCUACCGACACCCGCACACCGAACACAACUCUUCCGCGAUCGCUUCAAUCUCAUUCACCAGCGACUAAUGCGAAAUGAAGCCUUCCAAGCACCCGCUGUCGCAAACUCCCGCUCUCUCAAACGCUCGGACUCUACCUCAAUACAGCAAUUCUACAAAAUCACUCCUAUCGCCAACCUUUUGGGCAGAAAUGGCAGCAAUCAUGUUCUACUCGGCAUGCUGGUCAUUACUCCCACUGGUACGCUGGCCUUGAACGAUCUGACUGGAAGCAUCACCCUCGACCUGCAACACGCAAAACCACUACAAGGUGUCGACUCGUCAUGGUUCUGUCCAGGCAUGAUCGUCCUGAUCGAAGGCGUAUACGAGGAAGAGUACUCGGGAGCAGGUGCCAGCGGUCUAGGUGCUGCAACCGGUGUUGGUGGUACCAUUGGAGGAAAGUUCAUCGGCUUCAGCAUUGGUGGUCCUCCGUCUGAAAAACGUAGUGUAACCCUCGGUGUCGCCGAGUCGAAACAACAAGAUAUUGGUGUCGGUGGUGGCUUUGGCUGGACCGAUUUUUUCGGUCUAGGAAGUGAGAAAGUCAUGGGACCAAAGAUGCGCAAACUCGAGAAGCGUCUUCUAGCACCAACUGAAGAACAAGCCUCACAACAACGCAAGAUGGUCAUUCUCGGUGAAGUCAACCUGGACGACCCGUCAUCACUCGAGGCUCUGCGAGCUGUUCUCCGUGUCUACGCUACAGAGGAUGAGCUCACUCCUCUGAGUUUCAUGCUCAUCGGCAACUUUGUCAGUCAUCCCGUCAUGGCUGGUGGCGGUAGUGGUGGCAGCAUCGAGUACAAAGAGUACUUCAACGACCUAGCCACUGUCCUCUCAGACUUCCCUGGCCUCCUAAGAAGUUCAACAUGGGUCUUCGUGCCUGGCGACAAUGACCCAUGGGCAUCUGCCUUCAGCGCUGGAGCCAGCAAUCCCGUGCCCCGCCCUCCAAUCCCUGGUCUGUUUACCAGUCGUGUGAAGCGUGCCUUUGCCGCCGCCAAAUCAGAAGCGCCACUUCCGAAACCAGAUGACAGCAAUGUGCCUUCCGAACCAAUCUGGACAUCUAACCCAGCCCGUGUAUCGAUCUUCGGUCCAGCCCACGAAAUUGCAAUCUUCCGCGACGACAUAUCCAGCCGUCUUCGCCGCAACGCCAUAACAUUCGGCAAAGCCAAUGCCGCCAAUGAUGAGGAAGACGACGAUAUGCCUGACACUGUGCCCGUCGAGAUCCCGACUCCAACGCAGAUUGCAAGGAAACUCGUUCUCUCUCUCCUCCCCCAAUCACACCUUUCACCCUUCCCACUAUCCACACGCCCGGUGCUAUGGGACCAAGGUAGCGCAAUGAGUUUAUAUCCUCUACCGCAUACACUGGUGUUGGCAGAUGCCGAAGCGCCGGCUUUUGCUGUCACGUUUGAAGGGUGUCAUGUUCUUAACCCUGGCAGGUUGUGUAGAGAUGAAGGGAGGGGAAGGAGAGUUGCGUGGGUGGAGUAUGAUUGUUGGGCCAAGAGGGGCGAGGUGAGGGAGAUUUGGUCGAGUUAGAUGUAGCAAGGAGGAACAAGGGGAAUGAUCAUGGUUUAUGCAUUAGCGAAGGAGUUCUCGGUUGUUGAAGGGGAAACAUUAGUGGUAUAUGCUUAUAUAGAAGUAUUGAGA